CCGCGCGCCGGCUACCACGUGCCCAUAUCUGCUUCGCGUCGUUCUCUCGCGCGAACAGCUCGACACGCGUAUAAACUUACCGCCAAAGGAUCUAAAUACUUUUUUAAACUUUAUAAAUGGUUUUUUUAGUGCGGCCUGUGAGGUUUUUGCAGUAUAAUUAUUCAAAGUGCUCUAAGUCUGAUAUUUGAAAUGAUAAAUUAGUUCCAAAUACCUAUAUAUCAUUAUUUAGUUAAGGGAAGUGCAGUUGAUCUGGUGACUAUAAUAGGAGUGUGUGUGGUGGGUGCAGUAGUGCGUCGGCGGCGUCACACGAGCUGCUAGUGUCGGUGCUGGCGGCGGGCGGUGGCCGCUGUUCCGGUGCCUGCUGUGAGUGCUGCGUGUUGUCGGAGUAUGUGAAGCGAGUAGAUCCGUGUGUACCCCUCCGGGCGCUGGUUCACAAUGUAUACAGCUUUAACCCGGGAGCUAGAGCAUGUCCGAAGGGCAUCAUUGUGUCGGCCGUGAGCCGGAGAGGAUGGCCCCAGUGAAAAAGAGAAGACACCACAAAAAGUACAAGGUGCGGUGAGGCGGCGGGCGGGGGCGGAGGAGCGCACGCGGCCAUGUGUGACGUGAUGGAGGAGGCGCGGUGCUGCUGGGGCUCGCGCGAGGUCGCGGGGCGCGCGGCGGGGGGCAUGGCGCCCGUGCCCUGCUGCCGCUGCGCACACAAGCGGCGCGCCUCACCGCUGGCGUGCCUGGCCGUGUGUUUCCUGGUGCUAUUGUACAAUCUGCUCGGAGGGUUCCUGUUCCUGGCGCUGGAGGGGGGCGCCUCGGCUCCCGCGUCAACUUCACCCGCCGCGCCCUCCGACGACACCGCCGUUGCCGCCUCCAAGCCCAACCUGAGCCAGCCGCGCGCCGGCACAGACCUGCGUUCGCGCACCGUCGAGCGCCUCUGGUCCAUAACUGAGGACCUCAACAUACUCUACAAGGAGAACUGGACCAAGCUCGCCGCUAAGGAGCUCAUGGACUUUCAAAAGGUGUUGAUCAAGACGAUGCGUGGCGGCGGCGGUGCGGGAGUGUCGGGCGCGGAGGGCGCGGCGGCGGCUGAGGGUCGGCUCGGCUACCAGCCCGACGCCGACUACCGCUGGACGUUCGCCGGCAGCUUCCUGUACGCGCUCACUCUCAUCACCACCAUAGGACACGGCAACGUGACGCCGCGCUCGCCGGCUGGCAAGGUGGCGGCGGUGUGCUACGCGUGCGUGGGCAUUCCCAUUAUCAUGCUGUAUCUGUCCACGCUGGGCGAGGCGCUCGCCCGCAAUUUCCGCGCGCUGUACUCGCGACUCUGCCCGGCGCGGCUCGCCACGGACGCGUUUCACUCACGUGCCGACUGCCUCGCUUCACCGGCGCCGCGCGACAAGCUUUGUGCCGAGCGCCAGCGCCGCACGCCCUUCCAGGCAGCGCUCAACCUGGACAGCUUCGGCGGCGGCUACCACUGGACGUGCCGCGAUCAUACGCGCGUGCCGCCGCCGCUCAGCGCGCUACUCGUCGUGUUGUACGUGGCGCUCGGUACGCUCGUGUUCCACGCCACGGAGAAGUGGGACUUUAUGGACGGGUGCUACUUCUCCUUCUCCAGUCUGGCGACCGUAGGCUUCGGGGAUCUGCGGCCCGGGCUGUACGCGAGUACCGUGUCCGCGAACGCGGAGGAUGUGGCAGUAGGCGUGUGUUGUAUCUAUAUACUGGUGGGGAUCGUGGUGGUGGCGAUGUGCUUCAACCUGAUCCAGGAGGACAUGAGCGGCGUGGUGCGCGGCGUGAGUGCACUGUGCGCAGGCGGCGGCAAGGCGCGCGCCGUGCACAGUGCCGAGCGGCCCCGCGAUGAUAAGGCAGCCAUGUCGGUGCUUUCCUGACACAGGGCGCCCGCCGAGCCCGCGCCCUCGGCCGCCGCCGACAAGCGGCAGCAGGUCAAGUUCCGCGUCGACGCCUCUAAUCCAACCAAGUUUAACAGUCUGCCUAGGAGGAAGUCUUCGCACUGUGGCGAGGAUGGUUUCACUCGCAACACGCCGGCGCGCCGGUCCGCCGGCCAUGCCGGACACGCGGGUUUCGCCGGGCUGGGCGGUCACGACCGCUGCGUGGAGUACUUCGUACCCCGCAGCCUCAGCGAGUUCAACCUGAGCGGCGUGGGCGCGCUGUGCGAACUGCCGCCGCUGAGCGUGCGCGGCGGGAGCGUGGCGGGCGGCGCGUCGGCGCUGC